AUGAGACCUUUUCUUUCCCAAAAGCUUAUGAGUGAGAGUACUCAUGGCAUCAGUGAGAGUACUCAUGGCAUCAGUGAGAGUACUCAUGACAUCAGUGAGAGUACUCAUGACAUCAGUGAGAGUACUCAUGGCAUCAGUGAGAGUACUCAUGGCAUCAGUGAGAGUACUCAUGGCAUCAGUGAGAGUACUCAUGGCAUCAGUGAGAGUACUCAUGGCAUCAGUGAGAGUACUCAUGGCAUCAGUGAGAGUACUCAUGACAUCAGAAGUGAGAGUACUCAUGGCAUCAGUGAGAGUACUCAUGGCAUCAGUGAGAGUACUCAUGGCAUCAGUGAGAGUACUCAUGGCAUCAGUGAGAGUACUCAUGGCACUAAACAAGCUUCACCAUGA